AUGACAUCUACCGCUCUACCAACAUCAGAUAUCACAACCAAUGGUAUGACUACUGAGGAGGAGACAACUGAAUUAGCAACAACUGAGGGAUUAACCUCAGAUGUGACAUCAACUGCUCCCUUAACAACAUAUAUCACCACCAAUGACAUCACCACCAAUGGUCCGUCUACCGAGGAGGAGACAACUGAAUCAGAAACAACAGAAAGAUUCACUUCAGACAUUACUUCAACUGGGCCUUCAACAUCAGAUAUCACUACUAAUGCUAUGACUACAGAGGAGGAGACAACUGAAUCGCCAACAACAGAAGAAUUCACCUCAGAUGUUACAUCUACUGUUCUACUAACCUCAGAUAUCACAACCAAUGGUCUAUCUACUGAGAAGGAGACAACUGAAUCGGGAACAACAGAAGAAUUCACCUCAGAUGAGACAACUGAAUCAGGAACAACAGAAGGAUUCACUUCAGACGUUACUUCAACCGCUCCCUUAACAACAAAUAUCACCACCAUUGGUAUGUCUACCGAGGAGGAGACAACUGAAUUAGGAACAACUGAGGAAUUUACUUCAGAUGUAACAUCAACUGCGCCCUUAAAAACAGAGAUCACCACCAUUAGUAUGUCUACCGAGGAGGAGACAACUGAAUCAAGAACUACUGAGGGAUUCACUUCAGACAUUACUUUAACUGGGCCUUCAACAUCAGAUAUCACCACAGAUGGUCUGACUACCGAGGAGGAGACAACUAAGGCAUUAACCUCAGAUAUGACAUCUACCGCUUUACCAACAUCAGAUAUCACAACAAAUGGUAUGACUACGGAAGAGGAGACAACUGAAUUAGGAACAACUGAGGAAUAUACUUCAGAUGUUACAUCAACUGCUUUCUUAAGAACAGAUAUCUCCACCAAUGGUCUGACUACUGAGCAAGAGACAACUGAAUCAAGAACUACUGAGGGAUUCACUUCAGACAUUACUUCAACUGGGCCUUCAACAUCAAAUAUCACUACUAAUGGUCCGACUACCGAGGAGGAGACAACUGAAUUAGGAACAACUGAUGGAUUCACCUCAGAUAUGACAUCUACUGCUCUACCAACAACAGAUAUCACAACCAAUGGUCUAUCUACUGAGGAGGAGACAACUGAAUUGGGAACAACAGAAGAAUUCACCUCGGAUGUUACAUCUACUGUUCUACUAACCUCAGAUAUCACAACCAAUGGUCUAUCUACUGAGGAGGAGACAACUGAAUCGGGAACAACAGAAGAAUUCACCUUAGAUGUUACAUCAACUCUGCCGUCAACAUCAGAUAUCACUACUAAUGGUCUGACUACCAAGGAGGAGACAACUGAGGGAUUAACCUCAGAUAUGACAUCUACCGCUCUACCAACAUCAGAUAUCACAACCAAUGGUAUGACUACAGAGGGGGAGACAACCGAAUUAGCAACAACUGAGGGAUUAACCUCAGAUGUGACAUCAACUGCUCCCUUAACAACAGAUAUCACCACCAAUGGUAUGACUACCGAAGAGGAGACAACUGAAUCAGGAACAACUGAAGAAUUAACCUCAGAUGUUACUUCAACUCUGCCGUCAACAUCAGAUAUCACUACCAAUGGUCUGACUACCGAGGAGGAGACAACUGAAUUAGAAACUACUGAGGGAUUCACUUCAGAUGUUACAUCAACUGCUCCCUUAACAAAAGAUAUUACGACCAAUGGUAUUACUACCGAAGAGGAAACAACUGAAUCAGGAACAACUGAGGGAUUCACCUCAGAUAUGACAUCUACUGCUCUACCAACAUCAGAUAUCACAACCAACGGUCUAUCUACUGAGGAGAAGACAACUAAGGGAUUAACCUCAGAUAUGACAUCUACCGCUCUACAAACAUCAGAUACCACAACAAAUGGUAUGACUACGGAGGAGACAACUGAUUUAGGAACAACUGAGGAAUUUGCUCCCUUAACAACAGAUAUCACGACCAUUGGUAUGUCUACCGAGGAGGAGACAACUGCAUCAAGAACUACUGAGGGAUUCACUUCAGACAUUACUUCAACUGAGCCUCCAACAUCAGAUAUCACCACCGAUGGUCUGACUACCGAGGAGGAGACAACUGAGGGAUUAACCUCAGAUAUAACAUCUACCGCUCUACCAACAUCAGAUACUACAACAAAUGGUAUGACUACGGAGGAGACAACUGAUUUAGGAACAACUGAGGAAUUUACUCCCUUAACAACAGAUAUCACCAUCAUUGGUAUGUCUACCAAGGAGGAAACAACUGAAUCAAGAACUACUGAGGGUUUAACUUCAGAUAUUACUUCAACUGGGCCUUCGACAUCAGAUAUCACCACCAAUGGUCUAUCUACUAAGGAGGAGACAACUGAAUCGGGAACAACAGAAGAAUUCACCUCAAACGUUACAUCAAUUCUGCCGUCAACAUCAGAUAUCACUACCAAUGGAAUGAAUACGGAGGAGGAGACAACUGUAUUAGGAACAACUGAGGAAUUUACUUCAGAUGUUACAUCAACUGCUCCCUUAACAACAGAUAUCACCACCAUUGAUAAGUCUACCAAGGAGGAGACAACUGAAUCAAGAACUACUGAGGGAUUCACUUCAGACAUUACUUCGACUGGGGCUUCAACAUCAGAUAUCACCACCGAUGAUAUCACAACAAAUGGUAUGACUACGGAGGAGGAGACAACUGAAUUAGGAACAACUGAGGGAUUUACUUCAGACGUUACAUCAGCUGCUCCCUUAACAACAGAUAUCACUACCAUUGGUAUGUCUACCAAGGAGGAGACAACUGAAUCAAGAACUACUGAGGGAUUCACUUCAGACAUUUUUUCAACUGGGCCUUCAACAUCAGAUAUCACCACCAAUGGUCUAUCUACUAAGGAGGAGAAAACUGAAUCGGGAACAACAGAAGAAUUCACCUCAGAUGUUUCAUCAACUCUGUCAUCAACAUCAGAUAUCACUACUAAUGGUCUGACUACCGAGGAGGAGACGACUGAGGGAUUUACCUCAGAUAUGACAUCUACUGCUCUACCAACAUCAGAUAUCAUAACCAAUGAUAUGACUAUGGAGGAGGAGACAACUGAAUUAGGAACAACUGAGGAAUUUACUUCAGAUGUAAAAUCAACUGCUCCCUUAACAACAGAUAUCACCACCAUUGGUAUGUCUACCGAGGAGGAGACAACUGAAUCAAGAACUACUGAGGGAUUCACUUCAGACAUUACUUCAACUGGGCCUUCAACAUCAGAUAUCACCACCGAUGGUCUGACUACCGAGGAGGAGACAACUGAGGGAUUAACCUCAGAUAUGACAUCUACCGCUCUACCAACAUCAGAUACUACAACAAAUGGUAUGACUACGGAGGAGACAACUGAUUUAGGAACAACUGAGGAAUUUACUCCCUUAACAACAGAUAUCACCACCAUUGGUAUGUCUACCGAGGAGGAGACAACUGAAUCAAGAACUACUGAGGGAUUCACUUCAGACAUUAUUUCAACUGGGCCUUCGACAUCAGAUAUCACCACCAAUGGUCUAUCUACUAAGGAGGAGAAAACUGAAUUGGGAACAACAGAAGAAUUCACCUCAGAUGUUACAUCAAUUCUGUCGUCAACAUCAGAUAUCACUACUAAUGGUCUGACUACCGAGGAGGAGACGACUGAGGGAUUAACCUCAGAUAUGACAUCUACCAUAUCACCAUCAUUGGUAUGUCUACCAAGGAGGAAACAACUGAAUCAAGAACUACUGAGGGUUUAA